AUGGGCAAGAACUCGAAAGCACUUUCAUCGUACGAACGAUCACUUGAAAUCCGAAAAAUUGCUCUCCCUCCAAAUCAUCCCGACUUGGCUGAUUCCUACAACAACAUCGGUGUGAUGUAUGGUAACAUGGGCGAGCAUUCGAAAGCACUUUCAUCGCACGAGCGAUCACUUGAAAUAAAAAAAAUAGCUCUCCCUCCGAAUCAUCCCGGCUUGGCUACUUCCUACGAAGGCAUCGGUUGGGCGUAUAUUAACAUGCGCGAGUACUCGAAAGCACUUGCAUGUUAUGAAAAAGUACUUGGAAUGUACCAAACAUCGCUUCCUCCUGGACAUCCUGAUAUGGUACGAACACAAAAUAACAUUGCACUUCUGAAAAAGAAACUGUAA